AUGAAGCUUCUUGCUGGAGCCGCAUUGGCCUCCGUGGCCGCCGCGGCCACUUCAUCGGCCCCAGUAUCUGCACCCACGGGUGCUACUUACGCGUCAGGUUUCGAUAUGACCCGAAGCUGGGCCAAUCUCAGCCCCUAUAAAGACGCAGACAGCUUCGGACUUCCUAAGGGCAUGCCUUCGGGAUGCGAACUCUCCCAAGUGCACGUUUUGCACCGCCAUGCCGAACGAUAUCCGACUAAUUAUCCCUUGGAUGGUGAAGGCAUGCAGGACUUUGCGGCCAAAUUGACCAACUACACCAAGGCACACUCGGGCAAGGCUGUCGCCAGUGGUCCGUUGAAGUUCCUCAAUAACUGGAAGUACGUCAUUGGCGAGGACAUUCUCAUGGAGACUGGUGCAGCUACCGAGGCUACCUCGGGCGCUCACUUCUGGAUUAAGUACGGUCGUCUCUUGUACCGUCCCGAUCGCGAUAAUGUGGCUGCGUGGAACUCAUCUCUAAAUGUCUAUCCUAAUGGGACCGCCCGUCCUAAGCCGGUUUUCCGGACUACCUCUCAGUCUCGAAUCUUGGAGAGUGCUCGCUGGUGGCUUAGCGGCUUCUUUGGCAACAGUGGUGCCAACAGCUCGUAUGAGCAAUAUGACCUGGUCAUCAUCCCCGAGGUUUUUCCGUUCAACAACACCCUGGCUUCAUAUGAAUCUUGCCCUGGUGACAUGACCGAGGGUGAUAACGAUGCAGAGGUCUUCAUCUCUCGCUACACCAAGGCUGCCCGUGCUCGAUUCUCUGCAUACCUCCCUCAAGACUUCAAUCUAACUGCCAUGGACGUGCUGGCCAUGCAGAACCUCUGCGCCUAUGAGGUUACCAGUCUUGGUGGCUCAUCCUUCUGCUCCCUAUUCACCGAGCAAGAGUGGAAAGACUUUUCCUACAACGUUGACGUUCAGUACUACGGCGACUACGCAUACGGAUCUCCUACCGGCCGUGCUCAGGGUAUUGGCUACGUGUUGGAACUCGCCGCCCGCCUCCAGCAGAAGCUGAUCACUUCCAGCGAUACCAGCAUCAACUAUACCUACGACGACAACACCGCCCAGUUCCCCUUCGGCCAACCGUUCUACCUGGACAUGUCCCACGAUGACAUCAUUUUGUCCGUCAUCUCUGCCCUCGGCCUUGACUACUUCAAGUACGGACCCAAGGGUUUGCCCGGUGAUGUGGACCACGCGCCUUCUAAGCGUACCUUCUCUCUUUCCGAGAUGACCCCCUUCGGUGCUCGGUUCUUCUCGGAGAUCUGGACCUGUCCUCGCGAUACUUCCUUCGAUGACUUGGACCCAAUUCUCUAUGAGAACCCUAUUCUGGAUUCUACUCCUCAUACUACGGACUACAUUCGCUUCGUCCUCAACAACGCACCUCUUCCUUUGGAUGGCCUUGUUAGCUGUGAGAAGGCUAAGAACGGGUUCUGCCCAGUCGAGAAGUUCUUGAAGGCAGUGCCGACUUUGAAGAAGAAAGCUAUGUACCAGGAGGCCUGCUUCGGCAACUAUACUACUGGCAGUCAGGUUGGUGAUGGUGCCCCUGGCUCCUAG